GUCCAGCCUGAGUUCUGAUUGACUGUAGCUGCCUAAGUCAAACAAUCCCGACCCUGACCAAGGGUCAGUGCCUGGGCAGCCACGAACUCAUCUAUAGCACAUCUCCCUUCUACAUCCUGGAGAGCAGGAGAGACUCUGCCUGCCCUGAUCCAACUGCUGGGUCUGCCACUACCAGACUGAUCCCAGAGGCAUGCUGGGCCCCCGUCUGCUUGUCAUCCUCUUGGUCACCUUGGCCACAGCCCGGGGCAGUCCUGUCCCCACUCAGGAUGACAUUCAAGUGCAGGAAAACUUUAUUCUCUCUAGGAUCUUUGGGAAAUGGUAUGAUGUGGCCAUUGCCUCCAACUGCCAGUGGUUGAAACGGUUCCGGAGCCAGUUCUCCGUGGGCACCGUGGUCCUGAGCCAGGGGCAGACCGACCGGGAGAUCAGCACCGUCAACACCGGGUUCAGGAAAGGUGUCUGUGAACAAUUUUCUGGGGUUUAUGAGAAAACGGACACAGAAGGGAAAUUCUUCUCUCACAGCUCCAAGUGGAAUGUGACCAUGGUUAACUAUGUGGUCCACACCAAUUAUGAUGAGUAUGCCAUGAUUCUGAUGAAGAAAUUCAGCCGCUUCGGACCCAGCACCACUGUGAAACUAUAUGGUCGGAAACCCCAGCUUCGGGAAAGCCUUCUGCAGGAAUUCAGGGACUUUGCCCUAGGUUUGGGUAUCCCUGAAAAUGCUAUCUUUUUCAAGUUAGACAAAGGUGAAUGUGUUCCUGGGGAGGUAGAAGCUACAAUUCCACCAGUACGUGAGCCUCAGAGAAGCCGCCGGGCUGUGUUACCUCUGGAGGCUGAGGCAUCUGGCGCUGGUCCAUUGCCUACCGGGUUUGUCAAAAAAGAAGAUUUCUGCCACCUGAAGCAAGAUGUGGGGCCCUGCCUCGGGAUGAUCAGUAGAUACUUCUAUAACGUCUCUUCCAUGGCCUGUGAGUCUUUCCACUACGGGGGCUGCUUGGGCAACGGCAACAACUUUCACUCUGAGAAGGAGUGUCUCCAGACCUGCAGGACAGAAGCGGCCUGCAGACUGCCCAUCUUGCCUGGCCCCUGCCGUGGGAGCCACCAGCUUUGGGCUUUUGAUGCUACCCAAGGGAAGUGCAUUCCCUUUCUCUAUGGGGGCUGUCAGGGCAAUGGAAACAAGUUCUACACAGAGAAGGAGUGCAAGGAGUACUGUGGUGUGCCCGGUGAAGGGACUGAGGAGUUCCUGCGGCUCUCCAACUGAACUCAGCCCUCCCUCUGCGAGGGAGUGAGCACAAGGUCGCCAGCCAUGUGCCCCUGGGCAAACUGAUGAUACAGGAAAGCCAAGUGGAGAGUGUGUAGAGAGAGGGCACUCAGAACCUCAUUCCCAAUCACCCAAAUUAAGAUGUCUUUAAAGACAAAUCCCUGCAGCGCCCUGCAUUUGAAUCUCAUGGAACAAUUGGUCUGUUGUGUCUGUUCUAGUUCUAACCUUCAGGCUAGACAAUUCCAACUUCUCUUUCUGUAGACACGAUGACUUGACAUCUCUAAUUGGUUUGUCUCCUGGCUCCUUCAAUUCAAUAAACUUUUAUUAACUGCCAACUA